AUGGAGCUCAGAGCUCUUUUCCUGCUGCCACUCUGCUUCCCAGGAACCCAGCAGCACACAGCCAAGGAAGCAGGCAACAUCUCCGUGCAGUGCCAGUACAAGAUCCCGGAGUACGCAGCAGUGAGCAAAGCCUGGUGCAAAAAGGAAAUGGGGAAACCCUGUAACGUGCUGGCCACCACCAGCCCAGAGCCCCCAGAGGGACAAGGGCCAGCUCGGGAAGGUGAUGUCCACAUCCAGGAUGACCCCAAGCAGGGMAUUGUCACUGUCACCAUGGAGCAGCUGCAGGCACAGGACUCGGGUGUGUWUUGGUGUGCGCUGCAGGAGCGCUCGGGGCUGUCCCGCAUCGAGGAGAUCAGGAUCAACGUUUCCAGGGGUGAGUAUGGACCUGCCAGGUGUUUGUYGAUGCCUCGAAGAUAUUUUCCAGASACUGAAAGUAAAAAUSAAGAMAUUCUUUUGGGMGACAGCCCAGAACCCAGCUCCAAUGUGAACACCUUCAUCAUCCUCUCAGCAGUGCUGCUGCUCCUGCUCCUCCUGGCCCUCGUCACCUCCGUGGCUCUGGGGGUCAGGCACUACAGGCUCCUGAAGGGAGCAGGUAACAGAGAAGCAGAGGACACCAAUGACAGAGCAGAGGGCACAGCGCCGCCUGGCAGCCCUGGAAGGAGGGAAAGCUCUCAGGAUGACAGCAAAGRUCUGGCAUACAUCAACCUGGAGGUGCAAUCCUCCCCCAGCCCYGAGGAUCCUCUGUACUGCAACGUGGAGCAGAGCCAGGCUCCCAGGAACCCCCGAAAUGUGGAAUACGCUGUCAUUGCCUUCAACCAGACCCCAAGGAAUGACAGGGAAUGAGCACAGAAUCCCCAAAAACCCCAGAAAUGGGAGAAAGGGACUGGAAAACGGAGUGGGAAUGAGGAGUGGAAGGUGUGUGUGUGGACACUGGGGAAGAACUGAGUUUUGUUGCUGGAUUUUGGGGCUGUCUGAGCCCUCCCUGCUCGCAGAGGUUUUGUUUUCUCGGGUCAGACAGAGCUGUGGGGCAAUUCCCACCAUCUCUUGUACAACUGCUUUUCCAAUUCCAUUAAAGUGCAGAGUUUUGGAGGGGCGGGUGUGGAGGCCUGGCCUUUUGGAAAGGAGAAGUUUGGACAUGGCUGGGAGGGGUAUUCCAGCUAUGUCCUGGUCCAAACCCUGCCCCAAUCCCAAAGAUCCCGCUGCUGUGGCCAAGAAAACUCAUUCCAAAUUUGAACCUUGCUGUGACUGGGUUCAUUUUUCAUGGAAUGGCUYGGGGAUGUGAGUGCUGGAUUUUAAGAAAAAGCAGAAUCAGCUCCUGCACUUCCCCAUCUCUGCUGGAAAUGCUCCAAAUGACAUUUUUUUUAUUUAGCAGUCAUGUGAGCAACAACACGAAAUGAGUUUAUGGGGCUCAGCUCCAUUUCUCCAGGAGCUCUGGGUACUGAUUUCCCUGUCCCAAGCCCUGCUGGAGGGGACAGACCUGGACCACCCCUCAUUCCCAGGCCAGUCACAUCCAAACAGGYUUCUCUUCUGCAGCAGGGAGGCUGAUGGAAUUUUCUGAGAUUUUCAGAGUCRACCUGACAGAAAGAGAAAGAAAAUGGUCCUGGAAAUGGUUCAUUCAGCCCAACUUUCCCCUAAUGAUUUGCUCUUCGUGCAGUUGAGUCAAGCUGUGGAAGAGUAAUAACAAAAAACAGUGGAGUGGAAGAGAGGCAUUUUCUGGGAGAUUCUCAAAGAGAAUCCAGAUUUGUGCUCACUGGAACAAGAAAGAACAAAAACUGCAAUCAGUCAUCUCACAGAGAAUUUCUGGUCACUGUGAGGGAUCAUUUCCUUAACCACUAACUCGAGAAAAGGCACAUUUAGGAAGGGAAAAUCCUGUGGGUUUAGCACCACACCAGUUGAGAAGCCUGGGUCUGUUUGUACUUGCAUGGAAGAGCUCCAGGUAAAUAAAUCAGCUCAAAAAUGCAAAAGCAGCAGCCCAGCCCCUGCCUCUCAGUUUGCUGAUGCUCUGGGGGGUCUGUGACUGCAUUCCUGAACUUCUUCAGCGCUGUGGCACUGGUUGGCUGUGAAUUUUGUCCCCAGAAUUGUUGCUUUGUGUCAGGUACAGAACACAGGUGGGUGCUGRGCCUGUUCCAAGCACCCACAGCUUCUUCCAGAGGUGCCCUGCUGUCCGUGCUUGUAUUUCAGACUGGAAAUGCUCCAAAGGCUCUUCAUUCUCCUGAAAACCCAGGAGAAGGGUGAUGUCCUUGCCCUCCUUCACCUGUGGGAUGCUGCCAGAGCUACCAGGAGAGCCUCCCUUUCCCUUUCCCUUUCCCUUUCCCUUUCCCUUUCCCUUUCCCUUUCCCUUUCCCUUUCCCUUUCCCUUUCCCUUUCCCUUUCGGCUUUCCAGAGAUCCCCCCAUGCACAGCUCCUGUAAAUCAUUAAUCAUGAUUAAUAAAUGAUCUCAGCAUCAUUCUUGGAGAGGCAGGACACGGGGAAUGGCUUCAAACUUCCAGAAGGCAGGGUUAGAUGGGAUAUUGGGAA